CCGGCUUCCGGCCUGUGCUGCAGCACCGGGCUAGCAGAGCCACGUAACGGCCGGGGGUCUGCAGCCAUGGCGGAUAGGAAGACUAACGGUGGCGGAGCGUCCGCCUCGUCGAGCACUAACUUACUCUUCUCCUCCUCGGCCACGGAGUUCAGCUUCAACGUGCCCUUCAUCCCCGUCACGCAGGCCGCCGCCUCCCCGGCUUCCCUGCUCUUGCCCGGAGAGGACUCCACAGAUGUUGGUGAGGAAGAUAGUUUCCUUGGCCAGACUUCUGCUCUCACCUCCACCCCGCAGACAUUCAGUUACUUCUCUCAGGUACCAAGCAGUAGUGACCCUUUUGGGAACAUUGGACAGUCACCCUCAACAACUACCGCCGUGUCGGCUGGACAGUCGGCGUUUUCCAAGCCCCCAGCCACACUCCCUUUCACAACUGGAUCCCAAGACGUGUCGAAUGCAUUUCUGCCACCGGUUUCCAAGGCUCAUCAUGGUGCUGCACCUCCCUCACAGAUGGGAGUAAAUACCUAUUUGCCUUCUCAGCCGAGCAGUCUCCCUCCAAACUUUGGGAGCCCUCCCCAAGGGAUUCCUCAACAAGGACAUAACCCAUACCGUCACACUCCUAUCAGCAGCAGGGCGAAUCCCUACAUUACACCCCCACAGCUGCAGCAGUGCCAGACACCAGGCCAUCCCUCCUACCCUCCGCCUUCCGGACCCCCUGUGCAGACGUACCAAAUGCCUCCAGGACCGAUGCCACCGCUCCCUCCAGCAGUGCAGUCACCAGCACAGCAGCAGGUACCUGCCAGACAUGCAGGACCCCCUGGACAGGGGCCACCUCCUUUUGUGCUUCAGAACCAGUAUGAACCUGUUCAGCCUCACUGGUUUUACUGCAAGGAGGUGGAAUAUAAACAGCUGUGGAUGCCUUUCAGUGAGCUUGACUCUUUGAAUCUUGAAGAGAUCUAUAACUCGGUGCAGCCAGAUCCUGAGAGUGUGGUUCUUGGCACGGAUGGAGGGCGCUAUGAUGUCUACCUCUAUGACCGCAUGAGGAAGUCUGUAUAUUGGGAAGAGGAGCCAGCUGAAGUGAGACGCUGUACUUGGUUUUACAAGGGGGACACAGAUAGCAGAUUUAUCCCCUACACAGAGGAGUUCAGUGAGAAGCUCGAGGCCGAGUACAAAAAAGCUGUAACCACGAAUCAGUGGCACCGCAGAUUAGAGUUUCCAAGCGGAGAGACCAUUGUUAUGCACAACCCAAAGGUUAUUGUCCAGUUCCAGCCUUCUUCAGUGCCAGAUGAGUGGGGGACAACACAGGAUGGACAGACGAGGCCCAGAGUUGUAAAGCGUGGGAUUGAUGACAGUCUUGAUGAAAUUCCUGAUGGGGAAAUGCCUCAAGUUGACCAUUUGGUGUUCAUGGUGCAUGGCAUUGGACCCGUGUGUGACUUGCGCUUUAGAAGCAUUAUUGAGUGUGUGGAUGACUUUAGGGUGGUUUCUCUCAAGUUGCUGCAGACACACUUCAAGAAAUCUCUUGAGGAAGGGAAAGUCAGCAGAGUGGAGUUCCUUCCAGUUCACUGGCAUAGCGCCCUGGGUGGGCAUGCCACAGGCGUUGACAGGAAUAUCAAGAAAAUCACUUUGCCAAGUAUUGGUCGGUUUCGGCACUUCACUAAUGACACCCUGCUAGAUGUUUUAUUUUACAACAGCCCUACCUACUGUCAGUCCAUUGUGCAGAAAGUGGGAGUGGAGAUAAACCGGUUACACUCUCUCUUUUUGAGUCGGAACCCAAACUUCAAAGGAAAGGUGUCUGUUGCUGGUCACAGUUUAGGUUCUCUGAUAUUGUUUGACAUCUUGUCUAAUCAAAAAGAUAUGAGUGUCUCUAAGUCUCCGGGGUCUAUGACUGUUUCUAAUGGAGUUAUGAAACAGCCAGAUUUUCAGGAAAAGCAGGUACCCGAAGAGCCAAAGCUGAUGUCAGAUGAAUCCUGUGGACUUGAUGUUGAAAAUGAAGAACCCCUGACUUUGCAUGGAACCCUGGAAGCACUCAGCCUCUUUGAUUACAUUAGCAUUUUUGAGAAGGAAAAGAUAGAUAUGGAAUCUUUGCUUAUGUGUACAGUUGAUGACCUGAAGGAGAUGGGGAUCCCCCUUGGGCCCAGGAAGAAGAUAGCCAAUUUCGUAAAACUUAAAGCAGCCAAACUGGAGCAGAGGAAAGCAGCGUCAGAAAAGAAGGCAGCGAUGGCUGCUGUGACGAAAGGACAAGACGACAGUGUCCUGAAAACUAAGGAGAUGGCUCUUCCUUCUUCAGAAAACAAUGAGUCAAAGAGGAAGCUGUCAGUUGGGGCAUGCGUGUCUUCUGUGCAAGUUGAGUAUGAGUCUUUUGACGUUGGCACGGGACAGGUUUCUGUCACUUACAACUCGUUAGACUUUGAGCCGGAGAUUUUCUUUGCCUUGGGCUCUCCAAUCGGCAUGUUCCUCACUAUCCGCGGUGUGGACAGGAUCGAUGAGAACUACCGCCUCCCUACCUGCAAAGGCUUCUUCAAUAUUUACCAUCCGCUUGAUCCGGUGGCGUACAGAUUAGAACCCAUGGUGGCUCCAGAUUUGGACUUGAAAGCUGUUCUCAUUCCACAUCACAAAGGCAGAAAGAGGCUUCACUUAGAGUUGAAAGAGAGCCUUUCUCGAAUGGGAUCCGAUUUGAAGCAGGGCUUUAUCAGCUCUCUGAAAAGUGCUUGGCAGACACUCAAUGAAUUUGCACGUGCUCACACCUCUUCAACGCAGUUGCAAGAAGAAUUGGAAAAGGUGGCCAAUCAAAUCAAAGAGGAGGAAGAAAAGCAAGUAGUGGAAGCAGAAAAGAUUGUUGAAAGUCCAGAACUUUCCAAGGAUGAGGACUACUUAGGAAAGGUUGGAAUGUUAAAUGGAGGCCGCCGGAUUGACUAUGUUCUUCAAGAAAAGCCAAUAGAGAGUUUUAAUGAAUAUCUUUUUGCUCUUCAGAGUCACUUAUGCUAUUGGGAAUCUGAAGAUACUGCCCUCUUGUUACUUAAAGAAAUUUAUCGAACAAUGAACAUUAUUCCAGAGCAGCCCCAGCACUGAGCAGACUUGCAUUUUACUGGGAAGUUCCAGCAGGAGUGCCAUUGUUGGGAGGCCCCGUGGUGACCCACCCUCUUGGCUCCAGUGAUGAUGACAGAAGUGACUCAGCAGCAGUUGCUGACCUCGGCUUCUCAGAUGUAGGAAUUCAUUUUAAAAGGCACAGAAGAAAAUCAGUACUGCAUUUGGACAGUAUAGAAGAAAAACUGCAACCAUAAAAUAAUGCUGUGGAAAAUUCUCAGAUCUGUUUAGUUGUGUAGUUACCAAAAUUAAGUGUGUCCUAAUGAAGAGAUAUUAGUAGCUGCAAAUGGUUAUUUCUAUUUUUUGAAACUAUUGUCAGUGGGCUAUUAAACUUAACGUUUUUCUUUGUA